CCUAGAUAGGCAUAUGCAAUAGGCCUAUAUAAAGUGCAUUAUUCAAGCACUUGGUUGUGAAAAAGCACCGAACACCAGGAAUACCUACAAUCAAGGGGAUUAGUGAUGACCGGAUAUAAAAUAUUCCUCUCUGUUAUCUCAUUCAUAUUUUAUCUGCGAGUGGGCGAUUGUGGAAAAACUGCAACAAAAGUUGGACUUGCAGGAAUAACAACGGUAACUGGAGGUGGUGGGGGAGGCUAUGAGAUGUCAGUUUCAGGAACUGGAAUAGAUUCAUUGGAAAACGGACAAAAUAGAACAAAGCAAUUCAAAAAUGUUGUGCAGAAACUAAAUUAUGAUCUGUUUGUUCAGAAUCAAUAUGACAAACAAUUACGUCCUACAAAAGACCCAGCAACAAUCACAUCAGUAUCUCUGGGUUUUACAUUGAGACAGAUUUUAGACUUGGACGAAAAGAAUCAAGUGUUGAAAACAUUUUUAUGGAUGACACAAAGUUGGACCGAUGAAUUUCUGACAUGGAAUGAAACAGAGUACGAAGGAGUAACAAACAUUUGGGUUCCAUCCACAUCAGUAUGGAGGCCAGACAUUGUAAUAUAUGAAGAAACAGGCUUGCGAGACUACCAACCUAGGCUGCCUCAUACCAGAGUUAGCAGUACAGGAAGAGUACGAGCAGCUGAACCAUUGGUUAUAGAAACAAGCUGUAGCAUCAAUAUAGCUUUCUUUCCAUUCGAUUAUCAGAGAUGUUCUCUCACAUUCACAUCCUGGACAUUUCCAAGUUCACAAAUGGAUGUUUUUUCACCAAGCAGAGAUACAAAAGCAAUGUUGGACAACGUUGACCUUUACUUUGUAAAAACAGGAGAAUGGACAAUACAGAAUGUUGAAAUCGUGAAAACAACUGAAAGUUUUGCGAGUAUCGUUGAAAAUUCUGAGAAAUCAGCAUGGAGUGGAAAUCAAACAUUUCAAGACACUUCUCAUAUAAGAAAAAUGACAAUGGAUGUCUCAAAGAUGGUACAAGAAGUUUAUCCAGACCGACUGACAGAUUUUCAUUGGUCUGAUGUCAAGUUUACAUUUGUACUUCGUCGAAACUCAUCUCUGUACAUGCAGAGUAUGUUGUUCCCGGCUAUUCUGCUAACAACAGUUGCAUUACUUGGAUUCUACUUGCCACCUGAUAGUGGAGAAAGGAUUGGACUACAGAUUACUAUUCUUUUGACUUUCAUGGUUUUCUUGCUUACCGUUGGAGAGAUGUUUCCAGCUUCUACUGGUCCAUUCCUUGGAGUAUAUUAUGUAUUGUGUAUGGCUCUACUUGGAAUCAAUUUAUUCAUGACAGUGUUGGUGUUACAUCUACACUACAUGCCUAGUGCUGCUGUCAUUGGAACUAAAGAGGGAGGAGGUCUCCAGAUCAAGCCUGUACCAGUGUGGGUUCGAUGGCUUUUGCGGAUUGCCAAAUUUCAAUUUCGGACAAAGACAGAUGAUGGUAGAGAUACACCGACUUCUCAUAUUGUAACAGAUAUUAUAAACACGGGUCGUUUGGGAGCUAAAAUUCCAGAAUCGAAGCAAAACUCUCCUGCACGAGCGCAUAAACAAAAGGGGCCAGAAAACGGAAAAGUUCUAUCUGAGAAUCAAUAUGACCCUAAUUACAAUGAGAUGGUGAAAGGCGAUAAAUACAUGGUUAACACAAGAAAAACAUCCUUACCAGGAAAAAUGAACAAAGUAACACCAGAGUGGGCACAAGAGCAGUGUCAUGAUAAAAUUUCACCACACGAAAGAGAUGACAGCAUUGCAGUUGAACAGAGCGAUGAUAUUAACGUAUUUAUAAAUUAUGCUACGGCGACACCUAAUGGAAGCUUGAGAUCAAACUCCUCGCGCACUUCGUCCUCAACCAGAAAUCGUCACCAUCGCAACAAAGAAAACAAUGGUAGUAACCAUGGUGGCAACCAAAGUGCAAUUCAUCAGAAGAUAAUAAAAAACAUGAACCAAAUCACAGAUUAUUUGAAAUCGCAAAAUCAACAUUUGCAAGAAAGUAACAUUAGCGAAGAAAUUGAGAAUGAAUGGAGAGCUAUGGCUCGAACAAUCGACCAUCUGUGCAUGAAAACAUACUUGGCCAUUCUUAUUCUGAGUCACAUUUGCAUAUUGGCAGCAGCACUAGUUCAAAGUGCAGACUAUCAUGCUUCAGAAAAUCGUUGAUUCAAAGAUAACAUGAUUUUUGGGCCAUAAACUCAAGUCUGACAUCAUUGCAAUUGUCCAAGAGAUGACUAAAAACACCAUAUUUCCCUUGGUGUGCGAUAAAUAAUUAAACAUGAUUAUUCUUGUCGCAUACAAUCUAUAUCGAAAUAAUCUAUUAUAACUAAAAGGCUAUUACAAAGAUAAAUGAUUUUUGGGCCAUAAACUCAA